GGAAGUGCUGACUGUCACGUGAUUUGCAACCAAGCUGGCGAGCAAAUUUCCCAGUCGAAUUUGGAAGUCUCAUCUUGCCAUGGCCGGCCGCGGGAAGCUGAUCGCUGUUAUCGGCGAUGAAGACACAUGCACUGGAUUCCUCCUCGGUGGGAUUGGCGAACUCAACAAGAACCGAAAGCCCAAUUUCUUGGUGGUGGAGAAGGACACGAGCAUCACGGAGAUCGAGGAGACAUUCAAGAGCUUCCUGGCUCGGAACGACAUCGGCAUCAUCCUCAUCAAUCAGUUCAUUGCCGAAAUGAUCCGUCAUGCCAUCGACGCCCACAUGCAGUCCAUCCCGGCCGUGCUGGAGAUCCCGUCCAAAGAGCAUCCCUAUGACGCUUCCAAGGACUCCAUCCUGCGGCGGGCCAAGGGCAUGUUCUCCGCCGACGACUUUCGAUAAAUGAGCCGCGACUUUAAAUGUGUCAGUGUUGUGGUAAAUGCUAACGAUAUCUAAGUGAUGUGCGUCUACAUUUCCUCAUGUGACUGGUUGUUGUUGUUGAUUUUCCAGGAAGUUAAAAGUUGUCAUGUGACUUGUGUACUUUGAGAUGUUUGAAGCGAUAAAAGUCCCAGUACGU